AUGUCUUCAUCAUCUGGAAAGGCUCAAUACUUCCAGACCCCAGGUCCCUGGGGCACGGAAGCCCAAACAGCUGGCUACUCCCAGUCAGUCAGCUUCCCAGCCAAUGGGCGUAUCGCGGUCACAGCAGGACAGCCUGGCAUUGACCUCAAGACCGGAAAGCUGGUCACUUCUUCGCUGGAGGACCAAAUUGAGGCGGCCUUCGACACCGUUGACAGUGCAUUGGUGGCUGCGGGUGCUUCGGGUGGACUGGCGACCGCUCACAAAAUGACCAUCUUCUACCUCGAUAUCAGAAAUGAGCCGAUUCUCAUGAACAUCUUCCGGAGGAGGUAUCCCAACACCAGACCGGCCCUGCUUGCGAUCGGAACGCCGACUUUAGCGAUAUCCGGCAUGCAUGUGGAAAUCCAGGCGGAGGCUGUUGUCGGUUGA